AUGAUCUUUUUUCUUCCCUCACUGACUCAUUCAUCCUUUGACUCCGGCAUAACAACUUCUUUGUUGUCGUCCUCUUCUUCCUUCCGACUGGCUGUGGCGCCUGGUUUACCCGGUAACGCUUGGGGGGCGGAUGCCAGUGUGCUGUUUUUACCAGCCGGCCAGCGCCUCAUCGUCGGCUUGGCCUCACCCAACUUUGCUACUAUGCGCACUGUCCAUAGACAUUAUGCAGAGGUAAGAAAGCCAAAAUAA